AUGAUGAAGGGAGCACUGCUUGUGCUGGCCUUGCUGGUGACUAGAGAGCUGACCUUCAAGACGAAUGAGGUGGAAGCGUGCCUUGUGUUUUUUGAAGGCCUUAGUGCUAUAAUCCUUGCACUCCCAAGUAAUGCAUUGAAUGAAACUUUGGAUUCGGUCGAUGCUAAUGAAGCUGAAAAAGCAGCCGCUGAAAAAAUCCGGCAUUGCUUCGUUGAAGCAGGACCUCAGAACAGGCUUAACCAUCUGAAAUAUAAGGCGUCCAUCGUCUUCAGUGAUGAUUGCACCGGCUAUAAAUUGUCCUUGGUGGUGAAUGCUCUUAUAGGAUUGGUUUCCAGUCUGCUCUCUUUGGUGUGA